AUGGGAGGAGUUUCACUUGUAGAUCCUAAGGAAUUUCUUGCAAGCUUUCGACUUUAUUGGCCAGCUCAGAUACUAGCACGCCACGCAGAAGAAAUUAUCAAAUUUACUGUGUCUCCAAGAACGGCUGUUGCCACUAACCACCAUCAACAGCGCUAUGCGGAGCACCGUCCGGCUCAAGCUAUCUCCUCUACAUUUCAUCCUAUUCUGGCUUUAGUAUUGGUUCAUAUACAAAUUAUUCAUACAGCUACUGCUAACUCAGCGCAAUUACUUUUUAUUAUCAACCCAGCACCUUCUAAUCAGUUGUAUAUCGACAAUGUGUCAGUUAAAGACAGUAGUGGUACACAACUGCUAGUGAACCAUGACUUUUCCAGUAGUAUUACAACCGGUUGGUCAGUAUUUUGUGCAUGUUCCGGCGGCGGCGAUGGUGGAUAUCAGGCAAGUGUUGGAUGUUAUGGUGGCACUGGAACAUGUUACUAUGAUGACUGUUCGGGUAGUUGGCACUACUUGGCACAAUCGAUUAGCACUGUUGCUAAUGCAGUGUAUACAAUUGGUUUUUCAUUGGCAAGUAAUCCAGUUGGAAGCACAAAGUAUGGAAUGGGAAGUUCAUCCCAAGAUGCACUUAUUUAUGUUAAAAUGAAUUGA